AUGUUUUUGCCCCAGGAGCUGUUCAAGCCCACGUCCAAGCAGAACGAAGGACACGGCAUGGGUUUGAAUGCCAUGUUGGAUGAAAGCUGGUCCAACAGAUGCACAUUGACUAGGCAGAGUGCUGCUCCAGCCUUGGACGUCUCAGGUGCUUUCCAGCCAAGCGUGUGCUGUUCACUUGGAUUCUGUGUUCAUGCAGGGAAGGGCUUGCAAGCCUUCGCGAUGCAUUCCAAGUUGUCCAAGUUGCUGCGGCCCUUUGUGCAAGCAGUGCGGCAAAAGCGGAAGGUCGGUGAGGCAGUGCAGCCAUCAGACAGCAAGCGCAAGAAGCCUGUGCACCCGGAAGCGAGAAAGCUUCUGGAUCGGGCCAUGCUCAUUUUUCGGCUUCAGAAUGGUGAUCCUGACGUUGGAAGCUUCCGGUAUGGGCAGCCACUUGCGGAAGCGGAAGCAGAUUCGGCUUGGGCUUCUGUUGCAGACAAGAUCCUGUUGGAUGCAGGACAGGCUGUGCCAGCAGCUUCCGAAACCCAUUGGCUGCAUGUCGGGUACAUCAAUCAUACCACUCAUGUUUUCAGUGUUACACCAAUGACUUUGGUUGACUUCAACAGCUCUGGCCAUGUCGUCAAGCUAUCUGCUUUGCAGCAAGGACAGGCAGGAGAGGAUGUUGUCCAAUCGUUUCGUUCCUUCGAAUUCUUCAAGGCGAACCUGGACUUGGAACAGGUUUGGAGACUACGAGUCUUCAAGCUCCGGUCGACGAGCGAGGUACUGACACGGAAUGAACUUUCGCCGGCCUGUGUUCAGGCAAGCCCAUAUGAUGAGAUUCCGGAGAUGAUUGUUUGGCAGGGGUGGAAGGCCGAGCAAGCCAAUCCGCCGCCGCAACACAGCCGCCGUUCACAAGGCCCAGGCGGCCGUGCUGCUAGGCCAACUGCUAGGCCUUCUGGGUCGGACUCUGCGGUGGUUCCUGAAGCUCCGCCGGGUGCUGGUGUUUUCUCGGACCAUGAGCUUGCCGAGCAUGAUGCUGCAGAGGGGUUGUUGAAAGAGGCUUCGGACCUUUUGAGUCGAGAGGAGGCACCAGAUUCAGAUCCUGAGCGUGAGCUUGACGACGAUCCCCCAUUGCCAUCCGACAUCAGUGUGGAAAGGCAGCUCGAACUGCCAGAUGAAGCCCCUCAGCUUCGCAGUGCUGCUGGUGCUGCCCAUGAAGUUGGGGUUGAAGAACGCCGUGACCCCGAGACAACUCGCCGUGUUGCAGGGCCAGCAAGCGGGCCGCAGCAGUGGCAGGUGCAGAUCGCUGAGUGGCAGAAUCGUUUGGGCAUUUCGGAUUCUGUCGAUGUGCUUCGGAAAGUCAAGAAUUUGAAGCUCUGUGGGUUGCAGAAGAACAAACGGAUCAUGGCAAUCCUGAACCUGUCAGUGCUUCAGAAGCUGAAGCCCGGGCAAAGAAGGUCGGCUGUCAGUGUUGCUUCCAUCAGGAAGGCCUGCAAGACUCUCAUUGUCAACGUAAGUCAGAAUCCUAACCGGGGCAACCUCAUCACGCCCGACAGUGGCUUCAAUCAUACUUUGUGCAGCUCCACUUUGCAGAUCCAUUUGGGCUUGCGCCGAUUGAUUACGGCACGCGAGAUGAUGUUUCAGCAUGGCCAUCCUCGAGACAUGGUGAUCCCGACCGACAUGUCUGUGCACAGCCUCCGGCAGCUGGCAGGGCAAGGGAUGGCUUUGCCGAGUGUGGCCACUUGUUUGUGGUGCCAAUGCAUUCUGAAGGCCAACAGUGACAGGGUCUGA